AGUGACGUGCCACGGAGGGGCGGGCUGGACUCUGCGCAGGAAGUGUCUCUCAGAUAGUAAAUAAGCCCUGAAAAGCAAGAAAGAGACUGUCUCCAUUUUGUCGGCGCUCGCAGUUCUUGCGACGCUGUGAAGAUGGGCAGUGUUCUGGGGCUGUGCUCCAUGGCGAGCUGGAUACCAUGUCUGUGUGGUAGUGCCCCAUGUUUGCUGUGCCGAUGCUGUCCUAGUGGAAACAACUCCACAGUGACUAGAUUGAUCUAUGCACUUUUUUUGCUUGUUGGAGUAUGUGUAGCUUGUGUAAUGUUGAUACCAGGAAUGGAAGAACAACUAAAUAAGAUUCCUGGAUUUUGUGAGAAUGAGAAAGGUGUUGUUCCUUGUAGUAUUCUGGUUGGCUAUAAAGCUGUAUAUCGUUUGUGCUUUGGCUUGGCUAUGUUCUAUCUUCUCCUCUCUUUGCUAAUGAUCAAAGUGAAGAGGAAAGUAAUCUGGGUUUUAGGUAACAAAAACUUAAAACAGUACAAGCCAAAUCCAGUKAAUCUGUUCCUAAUAUUUGUGAAAAAAUCUUAUUAUUUAAUUGUAUUAUUUUGCACAGCCUUAUUAUCAGCUACAGCUCUGAAUUAUCUGCURUCUUUGGUAGCCAUCGUUUUGUUCUUUGUCUACUAUACUCAUCCAGCCAGUUGUUCAGAAAAUAAGGCAUUCAUCAGUGUCAAUAUGCUCCUCUGCAUUGGUGCUUCUAUAAUGUCUAUUCUGCCAAAAAUCCAGGAGUCACAACCAAGAUCUGGUUUGUUACAGUCUUCAGUAAUUACAAUCUAUACAAUGUAUUUGACUUGGUCUGCUAUGACCAAUGAGCCAGGUAUGUUUUGUUUUUAUUUAUUUAAUUUCAGUGACAUCCGUACUUCAAACAAUAGUCAGGUUAAUAAACUGACUCUAACAAGUGACGAAUCCACAUUAAUAGAAGAUGGUGGAGCCAGAAGUGAUGGAUCACUGGAGGAUGGUGAUGAUGUUCACCGAGCUAUAGAUAAUGAAAGGGAUGGUGUCACUUACAGUUAUUCCUUCUUUCACUUCAUGCUUUUCCUGGCUUCCCUUUAUAUCAUGAUGACCCUUACCAACUGGUACAGGUAUGAGCCCUCUCACGCAAUGAAAAGUCAGUGGACUGCUGUCUGGGUGAAAAUAUCUUCUAGUUGGAUUGGCAUCGUGCUGUAUGUUUGGACACUAGUGGCACCACUUGUUCUUACAAAUCGUGAUUUUGAUUGAAUGGGACUUCUGGCAUGAAAGUCCUACUUUGGUCAUCAUUUAUUUGAAAUUAACAGUAUUCCCAACUUUUGUAAAUUGUGUAUGUGUGUGCUUCCUGUGUAACUUCUCUGGUAUUGUUCUGGCAUGAAUUAGAUUUUAUUGCUUGCUGUUUUAUUCAUUAUAUUUUGCCACGUGCAUUGAUCAUGUGAAUUAGAGUGAGUUGUAAAGGCAGAGUUUUAUGAAUAAUGGUGGUGAUUUUAUUAAUAAAGUGGACAUUGGUAGGCUUAUCUCUCUCUGCUCUAAGUAUGAAAUUAAAAGUAAAAACAAAACUGUCAGUUUGCUUUUAAAAGUUUGCUAGACCUUCCUUAAGCUGUUUUAGAAAAAGCAUAAAAGUAAAUGUGUAUGGCUGCCUUUUGAAAUAUUUUAUGUGUUGCCUUAUGGGAGACUAUGAAGAACAUAGUUAUUCUAAAAUUGUAUAAACAAGUUCACUUACAUGGU